AUGAUCGAAAUAGAUACAUUCACCUUAAGAUAUCAUAAAUCAAGGAUAACAGCAAUACAUGACACCAAAAUAACUGUACCAAAUACCGCUGUUAAUGGAGUUUUCUCAACACAGCAAUCGUCGCUGAUGAAGAUAACUUUACAUACCUUAUUUAGCGGUGAUGCAAAUGGUGUACUAAUACAAUGGAAUUUGAUUACAAGGAGACCAAUUAAUACUUGGAAAGUUAGUGAUUCCAGUAUUAUAUCAAUUGGUACUUUGUCACUCUAUCCAAAUUGCGAAUAUAUUGUAGAUUACGACAAGCAAUACGAACCACUAAUCAAGGAACAAAAUGAAUUAAGUUCGUUAAUAUUAUAUGUCCAAUCUAAAAACCAUACUUUAAAAUUCUAUCAAGUAAAUAACAUGGUUAAUAAUGUAAACGGGAACAACAACAGUGAAAAACAGAAUGGAUUUUUAUGGGAAAUGCCCAUAAACACUUUGAAUUUUAGUAAUUUGAUAGUGUAUGAGAACAGAAUAGGAGUAAGAACAAAGAGCGACCGAGCUCCGUACAUUAUUUGGUGUUGUAAUACACAAAAUUCAGAAAAUAUAGAUAUUUACGAAAUAAACCCAUUUACUAAACAUUUAGAAAGAAUAUAUGAAAGUAUAAACUUCAAUUGUACACACCCAUUGACUCAACGAACUGACGAUACUAAUAGGAAUAAUAGGGGAGUAGUUAUGAGAUUGGAAUAUUGUUCAGACAUCAAUAGUGUUGUCAUAGGUUAUGAAGAUGGUUCAUGCAUAUUAGUUGAUUGUACUUUUAUAAAAAACUAUAAAAUUCACGAUACCAAUAUUGAUCGAUUGAAUGCUUUAACAUAUAAAGAUAUAUUCAAUAAAGAUAUGAUAUUAUCAGACGAUUUCAAAAGUGAACCGGUUUUAUCGAUCCACUAUGAUUUUGAAGAUCAUAGAAUUAUGAUUGGUAAAGCCAAAGAUAGGUUUAUAUACAAGUAUGACCUUGUGUCGAAUAAAAUUACGAAAUAUAGCAUGGGCACUCGUAGUAAAGAAUAUAGUGUAGCUAAUGUUUUUUCCAUUAAUCAAAAUUUAUUAUGCUAUAACACAUGGGAGUCCAACUCCUUAUUUAUCUGUAAAAUAAUUGGUGACAACAAUAUGAUCAAUAAUACUGAUAAUAUUAUAGAUGUUUCUCAAUUAAAAGUUUUAAGAAGGCUCGGUAAGAUGAAAAGCAAUGUUUCUAUUAUUCCACUUGAUUCCAUUCAUAACUUUAACGAUGAGAAUAUUGACAACGGGAAUAGCAGAUUAAAGACAAAACGGAAUAAUUAUGUAAAGAUAGGCGCUGUUUGUGUGUUAUCCCAAGCAAAUCACAUAUUUAGCGACAAUGAGAAACAAAAGAACAUUUCUUUAUUAAGAUACAAAAAAGAAAAAUAUCUCAUGGAAAAUACAUGGAUUAUUUUAGGCUAUGAAGAUGGGACUAUAUCUGUAAAUAAACUUACCUAUUAA